AUUUUAUUAAUAUUAUAAACUUACGUAGUAACUUUAGGUUGUUCCGACUGUUUAGUCCGCAAAGCCGAAAAUCCCAUUCUGUCUUCUCGUUUCCUCCCUUAAGACAGCCAAAAUACCAGAAAAAAGUCCUCCAUUUUUUCGGUGCGUCACGCAGCCAGCAAGCGUAGUACUGAUCAAGUGAAUUAAUGGCUGAUACUGAAAGAGAAAAGAGGUGUUAUUAUGAGGUAUUGGGUCUUCCACAAAGCUGCACGCAAGAUGAAAUUCGCAGCGCUUACAAAAAGCUAGCUCUUCAACGUCAUCCUGAUAAGCUUGUUCAAUCUGGAACACCUUCUGCUGAUGCAAAUGCUUCUUUUCAAGAGCUUGUUCGUGCCUAUGAAGUUUUAUCCGAUCCAAAAGAGCGUUCUUGGUAUGAUUCCCAUCGUUCACAAAUCCUUUUUUCUUCCAGUUCUGGUGGUAAUUCUGAUUCUCCAUUCCCAGACUUAUUUUCCUAUUUUUCACCCACGUGCUACACUGAUUAUACCAAUUCGAAAACUGGGUUUUACAAGGUUUAUGGUGAUGUCUUUGAUAAAAUUUAUGCCCAUGAGAUCAAUUAUUGUAAGGUUAUAGGGUUGAGCUUAGCAUUGGUUAAGGAGGCCCCGUUGUUUGGAGAUUUGGGUUCUGAUUAUAGUCAGGUUAAUGCUUUUUAUGGGUAUUGGUUGGGAUUUUGUACUGUUAUGGAUUUUGGGUGGGUGGAUAAGUGGGAUGCUGCAGGUGGGGUGAAUCGAAAAUCAAGGAGGGUGAUGGAGGAGGAGAAUAAAAAGCUGAGGAAAAAAGCUAAGAGGGAGUUUAAUGAGACGGUUCGUGGGCUGGUGGAAUUUGUAAAGAAGAGAGAUAAGAGGGUGAUUGAUAUGAUGGUGAAGAAGGAGAAGGAGAGGCAAAAGAAACAGGAGGAGGAGUUGGCAAAGAGGAAGGAGCGAGAAAGGGAGAAGCUGGAGAGGGCUAGAAUGUACGAGGAGCCAGACUGGGCUAAGGUUGAGGAGGUAGAGGAUUUUGAAGUGGAAGAGGAGCAAGGAGAGGAGGAAAGAGAGGAGUUCUAUUGUGUUGCUUGUGGGAAGAAGUUUAAGUCAGACAAACAGUGGAAAAAUCACGAGCAGUCUAAGAAGCAUAAGGAAAAGGUGGAUCAGUUGAGGAAAUCUUUUGUGGAGGAAGACAUUUAUGAGGAUGUUGAGGAGGAUAUUGAUAGUAAAUUUCAGUAUCAAGAUGAAGAUGGUAAGCAAGUGGGUGGGAAUAAUGCUGAUGAUGAUGUUUCUGGUAAUGGUUUUGUGUCUGUAGAGGAUGAUGCUGAUGAUUUAGUUGAAGAUUUUAAAGAAAGUGUUGGAUUUGAGGAGGAAAGAAGUAGAUAUGAACUCCUUUCAGAUGAUGAUGUCAUUGGUAACGAUAAAAAAGGAAAUGGGAUUGAGGAGUCUGCUUCUGGAUAUGAGGAGGAGUCUACUGGAUUUGAGAACGAGUCAAUUUUUCUUGAAACCCUGAUUUCCAAUCGUUGGAAUAAGGCAAAUGUUACUAUAAAGGAUGAAUCUAUUGAAAACAAUAAUGUCCUGAGUGAGGAUGAUGCAGAACCUAUGGAAUAUAAUAAGAAGAAAGGCAAAAAGAAGAGCAGACGAGCCAUGAAAGAGAAGGGAAAAGCUUCUGAAGCAGAAGCAACAAGAGCAAAUGAUGUUCAGGUGGAGGAAAAUAAUAUUGAUGCUUCAAAUGCCCCAAAUAAUGGAGAAGAUGAUCGUGCAUAUCAUACACAAGCUAGUAGUAGCACUAGUAAGGCUGAAAAACAAUCUUUUGGGAGGAAAGGUAACGUCAAGCAAGAUACUGAAUCCAAAUCGAAGAACUCCAAGGGAAGGAAACAAAAGGAAAAAUUAAAAAACCGCGACCCAGUUUGUGAGAAAUGUGGAGAGGAGUUCGAGUCAAGAACAAAACUUCACAAGCAUUUAAGCGAGUCGGGUCAUGCAUCAUUGAAAUCUAGAUGAUCUAGACUCUUGAAUUUGAAGAUCAAAAAACCAGGCAGCAGACUGCACCACACUAGCACAUUCAUCUCCCUCAUACUGAUGGCAAAUGACAGGAUUCAGGAAUGUAAAUCAGCUUCGUUCCAAUAUUGUCUGUUGUUUUUGUUUUGCUAGAACUUGGGAGGAAAACAUUUUUGCUGUUGCUUUUGACUGUGAAAGAGAAUUUUUGGAUACAGUGUAAUUCUUUUUAGCCAUAAUUGACAUGCACAUGGAAUUGGGUUGAGUCAUGAAUGGUUGUGUCAUAGGUUUGUUCUUUAGAAAUCAUUAAUUUCCACUAAUUUGAACAUUUUUUGUAGUAGUUUAGUUAGAAAGAGAAUUGAAAGGAGAGUCGGAUUUUGUAACAAUUGGAGCAAAUACUUAUAUUUAUACAUUUUCGGGUUGUAAUAUACUUGCUAAUAAAAUUUUGCCACAGAUCAAGAUAAGUUCUAUUUUGUAAGUAUCGACAACUAGAUGCUCACCCAGCUAGAUGAUGAAGUGAUUUGUAGCAAGGUCAUUAACGAAUGAAUACAAAAAUUUUGACUAAAACAAGCAUAAUCAUGCAUCUUGUCUAAUAGUUUUACAGCUAAAUUACAAUUUCAUUAUCAUUUUCACGAUUUAGUGUCAACAAUU